AUGUUAAUUAUCCACGAUCCCAACGAUCCUAAUAAAAAUGCGUACGAUUAUGAAUACGUGAUGACUGUCGCUGAUUGGUAUCACACACCUACCGGCGAUCCUGGAAUGUUACCCUUACUUCGUAGUGCAAACUAUACAGGCAUCGAUCCUGUGCCCGAUUCGGCAGAUAUUAGUGGCGUGGGACAGUACAAUUGUACAAUUCCGACUUGUGUACCUCCGAAAUUCGCUACCUACAAAGUCAAAAAAGGAAAGAGAUAUAGAUUUAGAAUAAUUAAUAUGAGUGCAAUGUCACAGUUUUGGGUUUCUAUUGACGAACAUCCGCUUACCAUUAUUGAAAUCGAUGGAAUUCCAAUUCACCCGGCUACUGUCAAAAUGCUUCCGAUUAAUAUUGCUCAGCGAUAUUCGGUAAUUGUAUCAGCGAAUCAGCCAAUUGGUAAUUAUUGGAUUCGGGCACAUCUUUCCAAUUGCAGCCUACCGGUCAAUAAUGCCACAAUCAAUGUCAAUUCACCAAUAUUUAAGAACGACAAUAUUACCGGUAUUCUUCACUACGAUGAUGCACCCUUUAUCAUUCCAACUUCUGAGGGAUAUCAUACAAGCGAGUUCAAUUGCUAUGAUGUGAAUUCCAGCCUUUUAAAACCCUACCAACAGUAUCCACCAGUACCACGAGGUGAAGACAUCAGAAGGAUUAAUAUUACGGUCGCUAUCCAACGGAUAAAUUUCGUUAUCGAUGCGACUAUGAACAAUUCAUCAUUCGUCCCAGACUUUACCUAUCCUACAAACCAACGGGUUAUUGAUGGUGCCGACUUCUUGAUAUCUGACAACGUUUAUUCUUAUAAUAAAUUAAACGAACCUGUUGAGAUUGUUUUAAACAAUACAGAAAAUAGAACGCACCCCUUCCACCUGCACGGACACGCGUUCUGGAUUAUCGCUCUGGGUGAAGCGGGAAGCUAUAACCAAUCCCUUGAUUCCUUAAAAUAUAAUUUUGACGAUCCGCCCCUUCGUGACACGGCAACUGUUAAAGAGCUUGGGUAA